AUGCUCGGUCUGACGAAGUACGUCCGGAUGGUGCGGUUUCAGUGCGGCUGCUGCAACGGAGAGGCGACAGAAAUCCCAAAUUUGGAAGCUGAAGAAAACAGAUGCAGGCACGGCAUCAAUUCUUGCUUUCUUCGUGGAUCUUCGUGGAUGACUAAGGGCACUGCGGUGGCGGAAAGAAGCGAUUUAUCGGGAGUUUUAUCCGUGUUAUUCCUUACGACGAAGCUCCAAGACUUUGCGACCACCGCGAACGGUUUUCUCGUGGCUUGA